AUCUUUGAUCUGUUAGAAUGGGAUAUGAAAGAUGAAGGAUGGGUGAGACCGAAAACUGGUUCAUUAGAAAAAUGGUCAAAAAGUAUUCUUCUGUUAAAUUCGAUUCUUACAGUUGAGAAAGGAAAACCUGGGUCUCACAAAGAACUAGGAUGGCAGCGGUUUACUGAUAAUGUUCUGAAACUGGUUGGAAAUAAGCCAGAAAUUGUGACCAUCUUAUGGGGAAAAUAUGCAAAGGAGAAAGCGAACAUUGUUAGAAGAGGUCAUGUGAUCAAAAGUGGCCAUCCAUCACCAUUGAACAGGGAACGAUCAUUUGAUAACUCAAGAUGUUUCUCAUUAGCCAAUGAAUAUCUUAGAAAGAUAAAUAAACCAGAAAUCGAUUGGAGCUUAUGA